UCUAAGUAUUGGCUCCUUUGUCGGAACCAAUACCAUUUUUUUUGUUACUUGGUUGUAUGCGUCGAUUUGUCGGAAGCAACACCAUUUGGGCUAUUUUAACUGAAAAUGAGUGCAUAUUUAACUUGUGUUUUUUUACAGGAUACUAAAUUGUGGAGACAAAAGUGUGCAGUGUGAAUUCAGGAUAAGCAACAUUGAGUUUAACGGAAGAUGGAUAGGAGUUGGAUAGACGAUGCGAACCAUAUCUCGGCUCAAUAUUUGGAUGGGGUCAGGGCUUUCUUAGAUUUCGCAUUUAAAGAUCGUAGCUCUGAAUCUUGCAUCUAUUGCCCCUGUACAUCUUGCGGAAAUCGCUUAACAAAAUCUCGUAGAGAUGUCUUGCUCCAUUGUAUUCGUUAUGGAUUCGACCAAACCUACAAGGUUUGGACUUGCCACGGAGAAGGAGAGGUGAACCCUGCUGUUGCAAACGACAAUAUGCCAAUGCGUUGGGAGGAGGAACUAGAACUUCUAUUGCGAGAGUGUGCAUAUACAGAGCACACCGAUCCGGGGCCCAGUGGAAAUGAACCUCAUAGGGAUGACGAAAAUGAACAUAUACAUCAUGGCAGUAAGGGGUAUAGAAAGAUGUUAGAAGAUGUAGAGAAAGAGCUCAUACCAGGGUGCAAGAAGAUGAGUAGACUCUCGUUUAUCGCACGGCUUUUGCACUUGAAGGUUUUGUGCCACUGGUCUAAUAAUUCUAUUGAUUUGCUGUUAGAGCUGUUACGGGAUGCACUUCCAGACGAUGUUGUCCUUCCGAAGAACUUCUAUGAGGCUAAUAAGCUGACCAAGGACUUGGGGUUCACAUGCAAGACUAUCCAUGCGUGCAUCAACAAUUGCAUGUUGUUUACCGGGGAAGAUGUUGACCGUGAGGUUUGUGUUGUGUGUGGGGAAAAGCGAUUUACACAGGGUAAAGAUAGAUCUCCAGUGAAGAAGUUAAGGUACUUUCCAUUAAUUCCGCGAUUGCAGCGAUGGUACGUAUCUUCCAAAACUGCAUCUUCUAUGAGAUGGCAUGCCGAAGGGCGUGUAGACGAUGGCAAGAUGUGUCAUCCAGCAGAUAGUCCUGCGUGGAAGAGUUUCGAUCAUCGGUACCCGACGUUCUCUGAGGAGAUUCGCAACGUACGCCUCGGUCUGGCCACUGACGGUUUCAACCCUUUUGGGAAUAUGAGUGUGAGUUAUAGUAUUUGGCCCGUCGUACUUGUGAUAUAUAACCUACCUCCGUGGCUGUGCAUGAAGCAACCAUCGUUACCUUUAGAUGACGGAGGCAAUGUUAGAGGAGCAGCCGAUUACUGGCUAAGGGAAGGUAUUGAGGGGCAAGUAGUAGAAGAUGCAGGGCAGAUGGACCAUGCCGAUACUUCGCCUUCGGAUUCGGAGGAAUCCUCCGAAGAUGAUGGUGCUUAG